AUGGCCGACGACGACAACUUCGAUAUCGACAUCUACGGCGAUGAACCUUACCAAGAUUCGACCGCCCAGCAAGACACCACAGUGACCGACUCCAACGUCCCCGAUACAGAUGCCAAUGCAGCUACCCUGAACAAUGCAUCCGACAACACAAAGCCCGAAAGCGGUGACCACACAGCCGGUGACCCGGCGAAUGGAGAUAGCCAUCACGAACAGACUACACAACAGAUAGCGUCCACAGGCGGCUCGGCUGGUCUAGAUGUUCACAAGCAGGCACCACAACAGCAAGGCACAAAGCGCAAGCAAGGCGAGGAUGACGAUCGUCCGACCGACCCUGGCGCUACCGCAGCCCUGAUGAUCAACGAUGUCAACUGGUGGGUCAGUGAAGAAGACAUUCGCGGAUGGGCCAACCAGAGCGGCUGCGAAGACGAGCUUAUCGAAGUCUCCUUCAGCGAGCACAAGGUCAACGGCAAGAGCAAAGGUCAAGUUUUUGCUCUAAUGAAUUCACCACAAGCAGCUACUGCUUUGAAGCACAAAAUUGAGAACCUGUUCAAAGACCAAGCGCACACCAAAAAGCCGACCGCCAUCUUCAGUCCUCCCCACGUCAACCCAUUCAAGACAUUACCAAAGGAUGUCCCAACACGAGACAAGGGUAGGAACGACCGUGUGAUUGCCAGCAACUACGGAAACUCGGGCGGCUAUAACAACAACCGAGGUGGUUACAACAAUAAUAGGGGCGGGAACUUCAACAGAGGCGGUGGUAUGGGCUAUAACAACAACCGCAACUACAGUCCGGUAAAUAAUAACAUGGGCGGAAACAUGGGAGGCUAUGGCGCCCAGCCACCUAUGAACAACUUUGGAAACCCCAUGGGAGGCAUGAACAACUUUGGGGGCGGCUUCAACCGUGGUGGUAUGAUGGGCGGUGGCAUGCGCGGUGGCAUGGGUAAUCGUGGUCGCGGCGGAAACAUGGGCAUGAAUCCGAUGGGUGGAAACCCGAUGGGCGGAAUGAAUAUGCCAAUGGGUGGCAACAUGAUGGGCAUGGGAGCCAAUAUGAUGGGUAUGGGUGGUGGCAACAUGGGCAUGAUGGGAGGAAUGGGAGGCGGCUUUGGUGGCAACCCAGGCUUCAACCCAGGCUUCUUUAAUGGUAAUCAGGGUGGCAAUGAGAAUACCUGGCAAAACCCUCAUGGCGCUAAACGACCACGCCCGGAGUAGUCGACACCCCCAGGACCCGAUGCCGGCAACUCGCAUAACCUGGCGGUGUUAGACGAUCAGGUCGCAAGCAGCCUUUACGCACCAAACCCGACUUCUAAAAUAUGUGCCUAGCGAAGACUCCCUGUCCGAGGCCUAAUCGGAAACCCCUUUCUGACCAUUUUAAACCCGAUCUUACCGACGUCAUGAUGCACGCUUUGGUAUCAUGAUACUGAUAGUCUGGCAAAAGUUUGGGCUUUUUUUUCUUCUUUAUACGCAUGUUGCGGCCAAGCGUAGUCAGAUCGAC